AUGGAGGUCAAUGCGAGUCCGUUAGAGAAGAAAGAAGCAAAUGAAGUUGUCCUUAUGAUUUCAGGCGUUGAAUGUCAAAGCAGAGGUUCUUCACCAAAACCGAACACUGAGCCAAUAGAGCUUGAAAAUCCUCUGUCAAGUUCACAAAUCUCCAAUUUGACAAGCCCCUCUGCUAUGGAGCUCACUCAGUCGAUCCCGACUCCGAGUGAGCUUCUGAAUAUCCAGGCCGGAAAGUCCAUCUCAAGUUCCACAUACGCGAAGCUGAAAUCGAGAUCCAUGGAACUGCCGCAUCCUAGUGAUACGAGUGCUACUGCAUCUAAGGACGCUGUGGAACUGGAGCCGAGCACGUUUCCAGUCGGUCCGGUGCCAUCACCGGCUGCAGAGGAGGAAGACAAUGAGCAUGUGUCUGUUAAAGAAGCUGACUUGAAGACUGUAUCUGUGGCAAUGCAUCGCAUCUGUGUGUCUGAGACUUUGAAUUCCAAGUCCCAAGUGAUGUCGGGCAAAAUGAAGUUUGUUUUGGCUCAGCUGGUCAUGUUUGUGUGCAUCACUGGGCUCCUGAUUGCGAGUUUAACCAUUCGUGUUCUGCGAAAUACCGUUAUUUGGCAUGUGCAUUUGUGGGGAUGGUGUUUGCUGAUGUUGGCAAUCUUUUGUGGUAGGUUGCUGACUCACUGGUUGAUCACAUUAUUAAUUUCCUUGAUUGAGAGGAAGUAUCUGCUCAAAAGGAAUGUUUUGUACUUUCUCGUUGAACUCAAGAACAGUGCCAAGGCGUUCGCAUGGUUGGGUCUGGUUUUUUUAGCCUGGGUUUGGCUGAUAGACCAUAGAGUGAAAGGAUCAAGACUGACGACUGGGAUUCUGAACAGGGUAACGAGGGCGCUUGCUUCUUGUCUCCCAGGAGCUGCCUUAUGGCUGAUCAAAACAUUCCUCAUACAAUUGCUUGCUGCUUCUUUUCAACACAAGAGAUUCUUUUAUCGCAUUCAAGAUGACAUCUUCCAAUACUACAUGAUAGGGAUACUUUCCAACCCCAUGGAUCCAAAGAAAAGUCUCAAGGUGAACGUAGAGAAUCUAAGAAGGAUGAAGCCGGAUAAAGUUUCUGCUUGGACGAUAAAACAAUUGAUUAAAGUCAUUAAGGGCUGGGAUUUAUCGACUCUUACCCAGUCCCUCGAUGAGGCAGAGCAACAAGAUGAGGAGAUCACCGAUGAACAAAAAGCCAAGAAUGUUGCUAAAGCUAUAUUCAAGAACGUAGCCAAGUCAGGGAACAAGUAUAUCGAGGAGGAUGACCUUUUGCGCUUCAUGCCGAAGGAAUACGUGGAGAAAUUCUUCUCUUUGAUUCCCGCAUCGGCAGAAACUCGGAAGAUCGAUGAGUCGUCUUUGAAGAGCUGGCUAGUGAAUGUCAAUCAUGAACGGGAAUCGCUCACGCUCGUCCUCAAGAGGGUGCGAAAAACCAUGGAGGAGCUGAACAAACUCGCUUCAGCAGUUACGCUCAUUGUAGUCAUCAUUAUGUGGUUGCUUCUGAUGGGAUUGUUGACAACGCAAGUGCUCAUCUUCAUUUCGUCUCAGAUUUUACUUUUCACGUUUAUUUAUGGGGAUGCUGCCAAAAAGUGGUUCGAAUCCAUUGUGUUUGUCUACGCGAUGCAUCCGUUCGAUGUGAAAGACCGCUGUAUUAUCGAUGGGGUAGAGGUAGAGGUUGAGGAGACGAAUACCCUGAGUACCAUCUUCUCGAGAAACGACGGUGAAAGGAUAUUUUACCCGAAUUCAGUUCUUGCCUCUAAAGCAAUCAGCAAUGUCAAGAGGAGCUUGACCACGAGUGACUCCGUGGAGUUCACGGUCGAUUUCUCCACUUCAGUCGAAAUCCUUGAAGCUUUCAAAGAUAAAAUAAGAGAGUACUUAAAAAGCAAGCCCAAACACUGGCAACUGGAUCACAGCGUUGUGUUUAAGGAGAUUGCGGACGUUGACAACUCGAAGGUCUUGAAGAUGGCUCUCCACGUCAACCACACGGCGAAUUUCCAAGAGGCCCUGGAAAGGACCAAGCGGAAAUCCGAACUCGUGUUGGAGCUGAAGAAAAUUUUCGAUGAACUCCAUCUCAAGUAA